AUGGCUAGCUUGGACUUAUCUAACACCUGUCAACCAAAACAGGUAGAGGUGAUUGAAUGGGACAUGAUGAAAAAGUCAAAAUUCGCCUCUCUGAACAUCAUGUCUUCAUUGGGUGUUCGAGCGCUGUUGUAUCCGUUAACCCUCGUCAAGACUAGGAUGCAGGUGACGUCAAAAGGAGGCCCCUAUCGUGGAGCAUUGGCUACGUUGAGCGGCAUUCUCCGUGAAGAAGGCCCGACUGCUUUGUACAGAGGUUUUUGGAUCAACUCCUUUCAGGUUUGCUCAGGCCUCACCUACGUACUGACCUACGAAAGGGUCCGGGAUCUGCUCGCUUCCGGUGGUGUGAAAAGCAGCGAACUCAAAGCGUUCAUCGGUGGUGGCUUUGCUUCCGUGACUGGUCAGUUGAUCCUCGUUCCGUUGGAUAUCAUUUCGCAGCACAUGAUGGUGUUCAGCCGCUGCACAGCCGGCCGCAUCGGCCUAGCGAUGGUCCCCCUCCGUGGCCAGACGGACGCCCUGGGUAUCGCCGCCAGGCUACGCGAAAGUCCGAGCAGCAGCCUGACCCUGGUCAUCUGUCGAGAGAUAUACAUAAGAGACGGUCUGAUCAAGGGCUUCUAUCGCGGUUACUUCGCGUCGCUCAUGUGCUACGCUCCCAGCAGCGCUUUGUUUUGGCUCUGCUACCACAUUUAUUCCAAAAACUUCAAGCUAAUUGCUGACGGAAGAGUGCCGGUGAUGUUUGCCAAUGGUCUGGCAGCUCCGCUGUCCGGCUUGACGGUUGCCAUAACGACGAAUUUUUUGGACGUGUUUCGAACAAAUAUACAAGUUUUAAGAACCGGUUGGCUGGAAACAUGCGUUAAUCUGUGGACGAAAGAUCGAUGGAAUGUGUUCACGAAGGGCCUGUCUGCCAGAAUGAUGUCUACGGUGCUUUCUUCGUUCUUCUACCUCACCUCGUACGAGAUAAUAAAGAGGUUGAGUGUGCAUUCUGAAUUGAGAGACAGCAUUUCAUGGUGA